CUCAUUGAAAUCUCAGGCUGAUUAUUGCUGAAAAUACCACAGGCUCUUGGGUGUCAUUGAAUGAAGCAAUAUAUCCUCAAACGUGAAAGGUCUGCCCUCCUGUUUCAAUGCAACCAUGCCAGUUCUGUCUACUGCAGCAGCUGUUCAGUGUAAGGCCCAUCCUCCCAAGUGCUUCUGUGAAUGAGUCAAGGACGGCUUGGGGCUCGGCCUCCGAGCACAUAAAAAUGCAUACUGCAGCUCAGAAACUGAGGUUCGGGUGACCUUGGUUCUGCUGAUGUACAAGAUCUAAUUCAGUGAAACAAGGAUUGACUUAAAGUGGUGGAUUACAUGAGGUGCUGGCUCUUUUGACUGCACAGCUAAGACCAGAUGCAAAUCUCACAGCAGAAAUUGGCUUCCUUACAGAAGUCUUCAGCGAAAAUAGUUUCAACUCACUCAUAAAGAUUCAUCAGAAGCUUCAGCAGUAUAUCCGGCAAAGUCCGUCGCCUGCUGUACACAGCGCAGCAGCUUUGGCUGAGGACAUAACAGAGGAGCUGCAGAGUGGACCAAACAACAGUGACAUAAGGGAAUUGAUGCAUUUACUAGCUAAACCACACCUCCAGGCUGUGCUCUCGGCACAUGACACGAUUGCACGCAAGGCCUUUGGUCCAGUUCUACCACCAAUGCCAGAUGAUGUGGAAGUUGAGGAUGAGGAGGAAUCAAUGAAGAUUGUCCGUCUUGUGAAAAACAAAGAACCAUUGGGUGCGACAAUUAGGAAGAAUGAGCAAACAGGCGCGGUUGUUGUGGCUCGGAUCAUGCGAGGAGGAGCAGCUGACCGUAGCGGUUUAGUGCACGUUGGAGAUGAACUAAGAGAAGUCAAUGACAUUCCAGUUGAGCACAAGACACCAGAAGAAAUCAGUCAGAUACUGGCCCAGUGUCAGGGUUCAAUAACCCUGAAGCUAAUCCCAGCAGUCAAAGAAGAGGAUCAGCUGAUUGAAAUUGAGAAAGUUUUUCACAAAGUCCCACGACGACGAUUAAGGUCCAAGGUGCACGUGAGGGCCUUGUUUGACUAUGACCCAAGUGAGGAUAAGGCAAUUCCCUGUAAAGAGGCAGGGUUACCUUUCAGGAGAGGAGACAUUCUUCAAGUUGUGAGUCAGGACGAUUCAGUGUGGUGGCAAGCAAAGCGUGUGGGAGAUGCAAAUCUCCGGGCUGGUCUUAUUCCAUCAAAGAGAUUUCAAGAGAAACGGCUUGCUUAUCGGCAAAAACAUGCUACCUUGGAACAAGAGAAAAGCAGCAAAAGAUCUUCAUAUGACAAAAGUUGUGAGAAAGAGGACUGUGAUUGUGAUGGGUAUUUGAAUGGGCUUUAUAUAGCUGGCUUACGGAGAAGCUUUCGGCUGAGCAGGAAAUGCCGACAGACUAACCAAAAUGAAGAAAAACAGACAAAGCAGAAUGAGAGCGUGGGAUAUCUAACCUAUGAAGAAGUGGCCAUCUACCACCGGCGUCCUAACGAUUCACACAGACUGGUGGUCCUGGUUGGUUCUUUAGGAGCAAAAAUAAAUGAGAUGAGGCAAAGAAUAAUAGCAGAAAAUCCCAAUCGCUACAAUGUGGCUGUUCCUUCAACAACAAGGCAAAAGAAAGUCCAUGAGAGGCAAGGAAUGGAGUAUCAUUUCGUCAGCAAACCCUCAUUUGAAGCAGAUAUUCAGAAGAACAGAUUUGUUGAACAUGGGGAAUACAAAGACAAUCUGUAUGGAAUAAACGUAGAUUCCAUCCGCACAGUGAUGUUGAAAAAGAAGAUUUGCUUAGUGGAUGCAAAUCCUCAAACAAUCAAACAGCUCCGAACAGCAGAAUUUAAACCCUAUGUGAUAUUUGUUAAGCCAUUUAUUCAAGAACCAAGGGCAAACUCAACAACAGCUGAAACAUCAGAGAAUGAUGUCAUUAAGGAAUUACGAGAAGAUGAUUACCAAGAAAUGAUUCAGUCAGCAGCCUAUAUUGAAGAGAAUUAUGGUCAUCUCAUCGAUAAAGUCUUGGUGAAAGGUGACCUUCAAACUGCAUGCAAUGAAUUGAAAGUAAUUCUGGAUAAUAUAGAAAGGGAACCAAUGUGGGUGCCGGCUAGCUGGGUCCGUUCGUAGCUGUACGAACCAAAUGCAGCCAAAUUAAAAGCGUCCCAUCUUCUGAUCUUUGAACAAAUCCAAAACAUUGAUCUGAAAUAGAUUUUAAUGUUGCUGUUGGUGAUAGUUUACACACAUGAAAAGCAAGUAUCUCACUGGUGCGCAUGGCAUACAUGUGUAUAAUUGAAUUAAGUCUCUCCAUUCUUAGUUGUGUGUAUAUAUGCUGACAAGGAAUUUAUAUAAACCACUGAAACUAUGAAUACAUUAUAACUUAGUUGGAAAAAAGUAUUUAUUUUUUAUUAGCAAUACUUGACUGGUGAAGAUGAGGUACAGAAUUUCAAGUUCAAUGUUGAAACUUGAGGGUUGUGUGGUUCAGGAGGAAUUGUGGGGUCGAUGAGAAAUAUCCCCUCGUGUACUAGGAGUAAUAACAUUUUACUACACCCGGCAUCCAGUGGCAUCUUCCUUCGGCUGAGUUCUACCAGGUAAUUAAAUACUGAAGAAUUCGACUUCUGAAAAUUCAAAGUCAAUGAAAAUAGGUUUAUAAUAAACUGCUGUGGAAAUGAAUGAAGAGAAACCACAUCUGGUCAAAGAACAUAAGGCAAAAAUUAUGGAUUUGCACUCCCAGUAAGGUAGGCUGUUGAACAUACAGAUUCAUGACUUCAGCUUGUGUACUGUGUAUUGAGGGCAGGAAUUCAUACUUGGUCAACUUGCAAUAUAACCGUGGCUGCACAUUGUAUUCUGCAUGCUAAAUUUGGUUACAUUGGCUUCAGUAGACUUUGAUGGAAUUGAAUUAUGAGGAUAGAAAUGGAAUUUUAGACAAAUUUCUACCCAAGUGUUUGCAAGCAUUACGUUGGGUGAGGAGCACACAACUUCAUUUUAGGGUACACUGUUGUAGGGAAGUUGUAAGACUGGCAGCCAGAGUUUUAGACUAUUGAUCCAGAGACGUGAGUUCACAUUCCACCAGAGCCGAUGGGGGAUUUAAAUUCAAAUAAUUAAAUAACUGGAAAGUGAGUAAAUAACAGUAAAGGUGAAUGUGAAGCUGCUAGUUUGUUAUAAAAAUCCAUUUUGUUCACUAUUUUCCUUUAGGGAAGGAAAUAGGCUGUCCUUUCCCAGACUGGGCUCUAUGUGGCUCCACUCCCACCAGUGUGAUUGACUCUUAAUUGCCUCUUCAGUUCAGAGGCAAUUAGGGAUGGACAAUAAAUGCCAUCAUUGCUACUGACCAAGCCCUGUGAAUGGAUACUUUUCAAAUUAACAAUCACUUUGCAUGUUGACAAUAAGCCUUUUAUAAGGAAGAAUGAUUGUGACAACCUAAUACUUUUUAGAAAAAUGAAGUAUUUUUUAACUACAGUGGACUUCUUUUGUAACUAAAUCUUAUCUGUCAGGAUGCAUUUCCAUCAUAUUAAGAAGUGUUUGGUUGCAUUUUGCAUGUGUAAUUUCCUUGUAUGAUUAGGGAUCAUGGACAAAGCAGACUGCAUCCACUACACCAUCAACUUUCACACAUCAUGGAUCACAUGAGUUCUGACUUGUGAGCUGAGAAAAUGUUAUGUCUCUGAAAGAAUUACCUGUCAUUACUUCAUUAUAUUUAAAACAACCAAAUAGUUCUACCUGGCGACACCAACAUCUUGACAAAAAUUCAAAUUGCAUUUUGUUCAGAAGCAACUAUUUUGUUACCUGGUUGCCGGGAGUCAUUGCAGUCUCAAAGUCUUCCAUGAAAGGGAAUGCUUGUAAUGAAGACAUUCAACGGGGAACAAUUGUGAUGAAGAUAUUGUUAAAAAGGUUCAUUGUAACUAGUGCAUUAUGACUGCAUUAUUAUUGCAAGUUGCUCCCUUCUUGAAACUUCUUUUUAUCAGGGAGGAAAUCAAGUUUUCUGCGGAGGUUCCUCGGGUACAGCAAAAACAACUUAAUUUAAAUACUGAUGGGGGGCCAGGGAUAAACUAAGACUACAGUCCUCUGCAAUCUGUUUUCCAAUCUAUGAAGGCAAGUUAAAACACGUUUAUUCUAAAGGGUGGUCAUGAUUAAAACUUCAUGGAAAUGUGAAAGAGUUUACCCUAGGAAAAAUUAAAAUGACCAGUAGUAAUUAAUUUAAUGGCAGCGCAGCUGGGAGAGCUGCUACCCCACAGCUCCAGUAGCUCAAAUUCACUCCUGGCCUCCAGUGCUGUCUGUGUGGAGGUUACAUUCUCCCUGUGACCACAUGGGCUUCCCAUGGGUGCCCUGGUUUCCUCCCACAUCUUGUAGACAAGCUGUUUAAUAGGUUAAUUGGCCAGUGUAAAUUGCCCCUGGUGUAUGCGUUAAUGCUAGAAUCAAGGGGAGUAGGUGGGAAUGUGAGGAGAAUAAAAUGGAAUUGGUAUUGAUUGGGGCUUGAUGGUUAGCAUGGAAUUUGAGGGCCAAAGGGCCUGUUUCUGUGUUGUAUGACUCCUAUAUCUAUGUCUCACUCACUGAAUUGGAGUUAGCUUAACUAAAUGUUUGCAAUGCAAACCGCUUAGUAUGGAUUUUUUUGUGUAUGUUAGAUUAAUUGGUCAGAGUUUUGGUUAUUAGCUCCCCUCGAAAUACAUCGCUCUGACUCAAUCAAACCCAAUAUGUAAACAAGUAACUGGCCAAUGUACCAGUCGAUGCCUUUUAAUCAGCUGAAGAUCAUUCUAAGCAUACUUACUUCAUCAUAAAUUGUUUAUAUAUGUUAUUGCAUUUGUUCAGACUUUGGUCAUUUGAGUAUAUCAUCAGAUGCAAGUUAAGUGCUCACAAUGAACCAACAAAUUACUGUGUGUACUCUUUCAUGCAAAUCCAAAAGCGGAGAAGGCAUAAAGUUUGACAUUAUUGUUUACACUGGUUCUGACUGUAUACAACACAGUAAAUACUUUGGUUUUCAGACUCCCAGAGUCAACCUUUUAAAAUGUUUCAUUCCUAAUGUGACACACAGUAAAUUUGGGUUUACAUUUUUUAGCUAUUACCUGGCCCACUAAGUACCUGUUAAUUCUCUUAUUAGAUGCAUUAUGGAUAAUAUUACAGGUGAGUUUACUGGAUGAUUCAAUCCAAUUUUCUGAUUCAGAACAUUUACAGAAGUACAAAAACAUUGUUUUCCCUUGUCAAUUUGCCACAUUUAAUUUUUAUAGCAAGGAAUGAGUUUCCAUAAAAACAUACCCUUAAAAAGAAUUAAUUCCAGUGAAGGUCAAAUAAAUAACAAGUCCUUAUGUUAUGCAUCACAAUUUUCAAAGAGGAAAUAUUAAUUUUGACACAAUUCUGUUUUCAACAAUGCUAAUCAGAUAAAAAUAUAAAGGAGGAAUUUACCUAGGCAAGCACUACCAAUUUGUCAGUGUUUCUAGCACAUAACAUGUUUAAAAUUAUUAGUACCUUUGUUUAUUUACGCUGUGUCCCUUUCCUUUUAUAUCCUAUUAUUUUGCAGGGGGAGGGUUGUGGGGCUGUCACUGAUUCCAAGGAAGGCUAAGAUCAUGAAGGAUAACAAAGACAUGAAUGUGAACUUUCAAUUUGAAGUUAUGUUGCUGAGGAGUCCAUUGAGGACGACAGGUAGAUGGGAAACCAUGGGAUGAGGAAGCAGCAGUGGCUAUGGGUGAGCUGAAGUUUAUGGAGUUGGAGCAUCGGAUUAGUUGACUCUUGACAUUUUCUGUUUUUAUUUCAGAUUUACAGCAUCUGCAUUUUUUACUUUCAAAUUAAAUUUCAGAUUAGGUUACAGCGAUUUAAUCCUUAUGAACUGUUUUAGGUAAAAGAGUACAGAAGUCAUAUGGCAAAAGAUACUUCCAUAUUUCCAUCAAUAAAUUAGUCAAUAAUGGAUGGGUUAGGACAGGUCAAGUUAACACUUUUUAACAAUAUUCCUUUAUUCAUGGUCUUAAUAUAGCGGCUGACAUAUUUUAAAUGGCUUAUUAUGACAACUGAAAGAACAAACAAAAGGAUGUCAAUCCAACCCGUUAAGCAUUUGUCCAUUGAUAUCACCUACAAUCAGUUCUAGGCUAUGAUUACUGCAAUAAAAAAACAGGCUACCCUUGACUUAUCCAAUGAUCCUUAAGAGUUUUAUCUUGGGAGCUCCUGCUGGUGUCUUUACACUUGUACUAGCCUUCAGGAAAACAUAUUCAACUGGUUAUAAUUAGCCAUAUUCAGCCUUUGGUUUUAAUUAAUUUCUUUGUCCCAUCCUUUUAAAAUUUCAGUGAACAGAAAUCAUUAUGAUAAGAUAUGAUGGUGCUGAGCAUUGGUAUAAAUUUCUAGCAUCAGCAUUAAACAUUCCAGGUACCACGGAUUACAUUUAAUAUUAUAGCACAGAAAGAGGCCAAUCAUUCACAUUUCCUCCCCCCCCCCACCUUAAACCCAGGCUACAGUUUAUCCUACACUGUGCCAAACAUGCACUUAAACACCUCAGCAGAACAUCUACAAUAAUAGUUCUAUAUGUACUGAUCUCUGAAUGAACCACUUGAGUCGUAAUCUGCAGAGCACCUUUUCUAUGGUCGACUUGUCACUAGGAUAUGGGAUAGGAAUGUUCAGUCCUAUAAUCCACAGAGCUACCAUGAUAAACUGAACCUCAUCCUUGGGAAUGAGUGGAUUGAUACUGAUCUGGAUUGAACAGGUUGGAGUAAAUUAUAGUAUGAUAGAAAAUUUACAACAUAGGAGGCCAUUUGGCCCAUCAUAUCUGUGCUGGAUAAUGACUUUCUAACCAGCCUAAACCUACCUUCUAGCACUAGGUCCAUAGUUCUGUGUGACUCAGCUCCCAAGGACACAUCCAAGGCAUUUACAGAUAGUUUUCUUCUGACUGUAUUUUAGCAGCUGAAACUUAGAAAUAGCAAACAAGUGAUAUAUUCCUACUAAUCCAGUAGAAUGGACUAACAAUACGUCAUAUGGCAAAACGAGCUGCUUUUUCUUUAAUCCAAAAGUCAAAAUGAAAUUAAGUAGGUCCACAUGGCAGUUUGAUAGCAUAGGAUUUGAAACUGAAAUCAAAUCUAGUUUAGUGCUCAAAUUAAAAAUGUGCAUAAUAAUUUGUCAAAGCAGGAGCAGGUCAUUUGUAAUAUUCUCGUCAUCCCAACUUGCAACUGGGAAAAUUAAAUUCAAGUAUUUAAAUAAAAGUUAAAAAUACUAAGUUAGUUUCAGUAACUACAUAAUCACAGAAUUCUCCGAAAAAUGUCACCAUCUGAUGUUCUAUUUACUGGUAUCUGUCUCCAAUGCAAAAUGGAAAUUUAUUCCUUGGUCAAGGCCACCAAUAACAUCUGGUGUAAACCCUUGUCACUUUCCAUAUAAUCAUCAACCAUAUAGUUUAUAUUAAAAAAAACAUUUUCGGGCUGUAUAGAGAAAUUAAGCUUUAUUGUGGCAAAGCAGGCAACAUCCUGCUCUUUUGGAUAUAUGUAUGAAUUGUGGCACAUCUAAUAUCAUUAACUUUGCACCAUCACUCAAAGUCAGAAUUAUCCCUAAUUAAUAUAUAAUUUUAGUGUGUAGAGGUUAAUUUAAUAAGCAUGGAACAAUCCACAGCUCACAACAAAAACGUUAUUUUCUUAUAUACUGAACACUAAAAAGUGGCAUGUUUUAAAAAGGUGUACAAUAUUUUGUGGUUGUAUUGAUUUAAUUUGUGUUAUAAGAGGUGUGGUUAUGAGCUUAUGUGCAGAAAAAUAUAUUUGAAGCACUUUUCUUUGAAUGACCUUUAGAAGAAUAAAAUAUAUUGGUAACCAA